GGCAAAAAAUGGGUUGUAAAUGAGCAUGUACAGAAGGGCGAUGAAGCAAGAAGAAACCCGAAGGAACAAAGAAGUGAAGAAGUUGAAGAAGUAGAAAAAGUGGAAGAAACGAAUGGAGCUGAAAAAGCCAAAGAAACGGGUGAAGCCGAGAAAAUAGAAGAAGCUGAAAAGUAG